UCACAUAAUAUUGUCCGCACAACAUUAGAAUUGGUACACAUAUAGCAUGCCACGAAGGCAAGACUGCAGCCCUGACACAGUUCUUCGCUUCAAUCAUCGACCAGCCAGGGAGUUCGUCCUGGAGCUUUGACCGAAACGAUCUCUUCUACGAUCAACGUCGGCCAACACAAGCUCUGAAGCUCUCACUGCAAGUUUCUCUGAACAUGAAGUGAAAUCAGCCCUGCAUUCAGUGAACAGGCGCAGCGCAUGCACCAGGGGCCCAAGGCCAGAAGGGAUUCGGUCCAUCCUGCUAUUUGGCAGCUUGGGAGUCAGUCCGUCAAGCCCGAGAGGAUCAACAGAUCUAACAUGGCUCUUAAUCCCAAAGGAAGCCAGAUACAGAUGCUGUUGAGGCUUUUCGACCGAUCUGUCUGUAUGUUGCAGUGUCAAAAUUUCAACCAAAACACUGACUCCUAGAUUUCACAAGGAAAUAGGGAACCUUGUAGGCCUCAAUCAAAAAGGCUCUGAAUCUUUUGUUUGCAGCUGAAAUUGUGCAAGCCUGCAGCAGGCGCAAAAUUCUAGCCUAGGUGCUCAAGCUUGAUUUUGUGAAGGCGUUUGGCACUGUAAACUGGGAAAGACUGUAUUGCAUCCUUCAUGCUCAUGGCCUUGGUACCGAGUGGAGAAAAUGGAUCCAGUACGUUCUGGAUUCUUCAAAGAACUGCGGUCCUCGUCAAUGGCAGCCCGGGUCCCUGGAUUCCAUGCAAAAGAGGGCAGAGGUAGCAGGAUGACUCUUUCUCCCCCGUAUCCUUCCUUUCUCGUCAACGGUGCAGUGCAGUUGAUUUUUCGUAUGUUUCAAAUGGAAGCAGCACCAUUCAAACAAAGAAAGAAAGAAAGAAAGAAAGAAAGAAAGAAAGAAAGAAAAACGGAAGCACGUGGACUGAAGACUGUGAAACAAGCGCCACCAAACUUUCGAGGAAGCGCGGGUGCGGAAAGUGCGUCUUCGUUAUGUCCAUGUGCUGAGCAUCCCUUCAACUCGCCCCGUUUCUUAGUCUGUUGCUUCUCCGUCUUCUCCUCCUCGCCUGCUCCCCGAGGUAGGCCUUCUUGCUCUGGUGCCACCAAGCGUGGAGAUUAAACUCAUCGUUCCUCUCGCUCUGCUCACGCGUAGAGUAGAGCGGAGAUUUACAAUCCGUAGGCCACUGGACAAAGGCCAGAUCCCGGGCGCUCGGUCCUUGGGUGCCGUCAGGGAUACCUGAAAUUGGAGUCCAACCUCGUCCUCUUACGAAUUCGGUAGCUGGUCUGAGUGUUACAAACCUGCGUGCAAAUCUUGUUCAAAAAUAUAGGACAAAUUGACAUUUUUUUAGAAAACUCGAGCAGAUAUGGCAGAUGCCCUCUUGGUCGUUCUCAGAAAAGUUGCUCUGUUCCUGGGAGAAGGAGCACUAGAAAAGAUUGGCAAAGAGGUAGUCGAAGCAGCACCCCUCAUGACAGAUUUUGAGCAUAGCAUGAAACAAAUAGAGGGUGAACUCUCGGUUCUGCAGGCCUUUAUUAACCAAGUUAGUGCACAGAGAGUCAGUGACAAGGCAUUUGAUGCAUGGUUGAACCAAGUCAGAGAUGCUGCCCAUGAGGUAGAAGACAUCAUUGAUGAGUACGCUUACCUUACUGCACAAGCCGUUGAUACGAGCAGCUUCUUCAAGAGAAAGUUCCACCAGAUCAAGAACAUUGCAGCAUGGCAGAAGUUCCCAAGCCAGAUCAGUCAAGUAGAAGCAAGGAUUCAGAGGCUAUCAGAAAUGAGGAACCGAUAUGGUUUCUCGCUGGGUGAAAUAGACAGGAAUAACAAUUUUCAGCUCUCCAGUCACUUUUGUCUGUCAGAUUCUGAGAUAGUAGGAAAUGCCGAUGAAAUCGGAAAACUGACACAAUGGCUACUUGAGGAGAAACAAGAUCGGUCUCUAAUUGCCAUCCUUGGUAUGGGAGGUUUAGGAAAAACUGCUGUUGCAAGCACCGUCUACAAGAACCAAAAGAUCAUAACAUCUUUUGACUGUCACGCAUGGGUUAUUGUAUCUCAGACUUACCAAGUCGAGGAACUACUAAGAGAAAUUAUAAAUCAGCUAAUAAUAAAGGAAAGAGCAAGCAUGGAAAGUGGCUUCAUGACCAUGAGUCGCAUCAGAUUAGUUGAGGUAAUACAAAGCUAUUUGCAGGACAAAAAAUACUUUGUUGUCCUGGAUGAUGUAUGGGAUAAAGAUGUUUGGUUAAUUUUGAACUAUGCAUUUGUCAGAAACAGACAUGGUAGUAAAGUGCUGAUAACAAGUCGGAGAAAAGAUGUGUCGUCUUUGGCAGCUGACAAAUAUGUCAUUGAACUUAAAACCCUUAAAGAUGCUGAAUCUUGGGAGCUGUUUUGUAAGAAGGCAUUUCAUGCUUCAGAAGAUAACAUUUGUCCUGAAAAUAUAAGAUAUUGGGCAAAUAAAAUUGUUGCAAAGUGCCAAGGAUUGCCACUGGCCAUUGUAACUAUUGGCAGUAUUCUGUCAUACCGUGACUUAAAGGAACAGGAGUGGGCAUUUUUCUUCAACCAACUUAGCUGGCAAUUAGCCAACAAUCCAGAGCUCAACUGGAUUUCCCGUGUAUUAAAGUUGAGCUUGAAUGAUCUACCAAGUUAUCUUAGGAGCUGCUUCCUAUACUGCAGCAUCUUUCCUGAAGAUUACAAGAUUAGAAGAAAGAUGAUUUCCAAGCUAUGGAUAGCGGAAGGUCUUGUGGAAGAGAGAGGAGACGGAACAACGAUGGAGGAAGUUGCCGAGUGUUACCUUAUGGAGCUCACUCAACGUUCUCUUUUUGAGGUCACAGAAAGGAAAACAUGUGGAAGAGCUAGAACAUUUCUGAUGCAUGAUCUUGUGCGAGAGGUAACUUCAAUCAUUGCUAAAAAGGAGAAGUUUAGCAUUGCACUUGCACAUGGUGGUGCCAGUACAACCCAAGUUGCCCAUGAAGCACGCCGCCUAUGCAUCCAAAGAGGUGCGCAGACCAUUAAUUCUUUAAGAAGCUCGCGGCUUCGCUCAUUCAUUUUGUUUGACGCUGAAGUACCAUGUUCUUGGAUACAUGAUACUGUAUCAUGUUUCAGACUACUGAGAGUUCUAUGCCUAAGAUUUGUCAAUGUUGAACAAGUUCCAAGUGUAGUCACAGAACUGUAUAACUUGCGUUAUCUAGAUAUGUCAUACACAAAAGUGAAGACGGUCCCUGCAUCGUUCGGAAAGCUCGUUAACCUACAAUCUUUGGAUCUUAGAGAGACCUACGUGGAGGAGUUACCACUGGAAAUAACUAGGCUAACUAAAUUACGGCAGUUACAGGUGUAUGCACUCUAUGAUAUUCUACAAAGAUCAUCAAAAUUUCUCAGUGCUACAAAAAUUCCUGGUAACAUUUGUCAUCUAAAGGAUCUCCAAACUUUGCAUGUUGUUUCAGCCAAUAAAGUUUUGGUUUCACAGCUGGGGAACUUGAAGUUAAUGAGAAGUUUGGCUAUCGCGGAAGUGCAACAAAGCUACAUUGCAGAAUUAUGCAACUCGCUGACAAAGAUGACUAACCUGAAAACACUAUUUAUUUCCACGUGCAAUGUGAAUGAGACUCUCAACAUAGAAAUGCUAAAGCCGCUGCCAAAUCUGACAUCAUUUCUCCUAUCAGGAAAGUUGGAGAGAGGCUUGCCCCCGUCGAUAUUUUCUAUGAAUUUAAAACAGUUAAAAUUGUUCGGGUCUAGUCUGAAGAAGGAUCCUGUUAGCUCGUUCUCUCAUAUGCUAAAUCUUGUUAAUCUAUUCCUCACUGGAGCAUAUGAUGGGGAACAGCUAACUUUUUGCACCAGAUGGUUCCCCAAUCUCAAAUAUCUGCAAUUAGCUGAUAUGGAACAUCUGAAUUGGAUUGAGCUAGAGGAUGGAACAAUGAUGAAUCUACAAUAUUUGUCACUUGCUGGUUUAAGGAAUCUAAAGGCUGUACCUGAGGGCAUCAAGUACAUUAGGGCACUCCAUGAGAUGCUUCUGACAGAUAUGCCAAAUGAGUUCAUGCUAAAACUGCAUGGAAGUGACAAUCACAUUGUUCAACACAUACCCAACAUAAAAAAGUAUGACUCUUCUGAUUCUCAAGCAGUAAACAACCUGGCUUAUCUGCCGUGGCUUGCCAAUAAGUUUGGUCCUGGUGCUGCAAUUAAGUAUGCCUCCAUAAAUUGUGGCUCAUCUGGCUCUUGACGGUUCAUUGGGAGUUGUUUGUGCCAAUGCUAGUCGUUUUAAGUCUUAAGAGUCAUCAAUAUGUAGAUGUAGGUCUACAUCUUGGUGCCACUGGAUGAGCUAAUUGUUUCUAUUUUGUACCCUGUCCAAUAAUGUAUAAGAGCACAGGCAUGGCAAACUAUCUCUAAGAGAUUUUUAAUGAUUUUUUUCUCAAAGCAAGCCUAUGUUUUUUUUUUCCAAA